AUGUCUUACAAACAACUGCAAGCUUUGUAUUGGAAAGAUGUCGCUUUAAAGUGGAAUUCAAGCGAGUAUGGAGGGUAUAAGCACAUUUACGUCAGCCCUUCUAAAGUAUGGAUACCUGACUUGACACUUUAUAAUAACGCCGACGAAAAUGGUGGAGUGAUGUUCGACUUAAAUUAUCAAAUCAAGAUACGUUCUGACGGUUACGUCCGUUUAGUAUGUCCUCUCAUCUUAUCAUCAGUGUGUCCAAUCAACAUCAGAUAUUUUCCGUUUGAUACUCAAAAAUGCGAGCUGAAAAUUGGCUUCUGGGCAUACGACAGCGAGGAUUUGGAUUUACAAAUGCACACCAAUAACAUCGAUUUGAGCAACUUCGAGGCAAAUUCUGUUUGGGAGUAUAAAUCUGUGAAUGCUAUACGUAACACCGUUAAUUACACGUGCUGCAAAUUUCCAUUCCACGACAUAACUUAUACGUUUGAAUUUCGAAGAAAACCGUCAUAUUACGUAACAACGAUAAUCAUCCCGUCAAUUUUGCUUUCACUUUUGUCUUGUAUCUCGUUUUUAUUUCCUGCAGAGUCUGGUGAAAGGGUAUCACUGGUGACAUCAGUUAUGCUUGGUCUAUUCGUGUUCAUGCUUAUCGUAAACGAGAGGACGCCGGUCACUUCCGACGUCACACCAAUGCUGACCCAGUUUUUUAACUGCAUCCAAGUCCACACGGUACUUUCACUUUUGGCAACUGCUAUCAUACUGCGUCUAAAUCACGGUCCGUACUCUGAUCCAGUGCCCCGUAAUCUGGCGGUGAUCCGAGAUUUUAUUGCACGCGUUUUGUGCGUUAAAAGUCCCAAGAAUUUCUCCACAAAUAGUGCAGCCGUUAAUUUUGGAAAUACAACGAUCGCUGAGCGUCAGAUCACAAGCAAUGACCUUCAACAAGUUUCUCUAGGAAGCAUGAUGAGCAAAUGGAAACAGCUUGAAGAUGAUAAAAUCGUACAGGAGCUUCAAAAAAUUACAACGCAUUUUAAUGAGCAAUGUCGUACGAGCGAACUCGAAGCUGAUUGGCAGUUCACAAUGCGACCUAUAUUGCCUCGUUUUGAUUAA